AUGCCUGAGCCCUCCGAUGGAUGUGAUGAUGCUGUGCGAGGGGACAGAGCCCAUGCAGAGGAAAGCCUGCGCAAGCAGCCUGUCAUCGAGAAGUUUGAGCUGGGUGCCGCUGGUGCUCCAAUACGUGAAGCUGGUGCCCGAGUGCAUGCCUACAGUGAAUAUAUGGAAGGAACUCACCGCUCUGAGGAGAAUCCAUGGGCGCCUUUCGCCUCGAAACUUGACUGGGAGUUAGCACGAUGGGCCAAACUCCGUGGGCCCAGUUCAACCGCUCUGACCGAGCUACUGCAGAUCGAAGGAGUCCGCGAUCUGUUAGGCUUAACUUACAAAGACGCAGAUUCAUUGAACAAGAUUGUGGACAGCCUCCCUGGUCGUCCAAAGUUCCACCGCAAGGAGGUAGUUGUCGCAGGAGAAGCCUUCGAAGUCUAUUUUCGGGAUGUCAUGGAAUGUGUUCGUGCACUGUAUGGUGAUCCCGAGUUUGUAGCGGACUUAGUAUUUGCACCGGAGCGGCAUUAUGUAGACCAAGACAAGACCGUCAGAAUGUAUUCAGAUUUACACACCGGGAAGUGGUGGUGGGCAACGCAGAAAGAGCUUGAGCGUGAUCGACCAGGUGCUACAAUAGUGCCAGUGAUCAUCUCGUCCGACAAGACACAGAUCACUCUGUUCGGAAACAAGUCAGCAUAUCCCAUCUAUAUGACGAUCGGGAACCUACCGAAGGAAAUCAGGCGAAAGCCGUCGCGCGGUGGUCAUAUACUCCUUGGUUACCUCCCUACCUCACGUCUUGAUCAUAUCACCAAUCAGGCAGCACGUCGUCGAACACUUGCAAAUCUAUUCCAUUCAUGCGUCCGGCGGAUACUCCGUCCUUUGAAGAAGGCUGGCGAGACUGGUGUCGUGAUGGCCCGCGGCGACGGCGUCUGCCGUCGGACGCAUCCUUUGUUUGCCAUGUUUGUUGGCGACUAUCCUGAACAAGUGCUUGUGACUGGCACAAAGACAGGUCAGUGUCCAAGAUGUCCAGUACCACAUGAUCAACUUGGGGAGUAUGAUUCUUUCGAGUUUCGUGACAUGGACGCUGUGCUGGAGGCUCUCGCUAGUAUCGCGCAAGGACCCGGUGCCUUCGUGAAGGCCUGCGCGCACGCAGGGAUUAAGCCAACCCAACAUCCGUUCUGGGAGGGGCUUCCCUACGUCAAUAUCUUCCAGUCGAUAACUCCCGACAUCUUGCAUCAGCUUUAUCAAGGUGUUAUGAAGCACGUCAUCUCUUGGGUGACGAACGCAUGCGGUGCUGCAGAGAUUGAUGCUCGCUGCCGCCGAUUCCCACCAAAUCACCAUAUCCGGCUGUUCACGAAAGGCAUCAGUACGUUGUCGAAGGUUACUGGCCGUGAGCAUGCCCAGAUGUGCCAGCUCUUGCUUGGCCUUAUCACUGAUAUUCGCCUGCCGGAUGGCCUUUCCUCCGCUCGGCUUGUUCGUGCCACCCGCGCGAUCCUGGACUUCUGUUAUCUAGCCCAAUAUCCCGUUCAUACCGACGACACACUCAAACUCCUCGAAGUGGCAUUACAAGCAUUUCACGAGAACAAGGGUAUAUUUGUCGACCUAGGUAUCCGCAACGACUUCAAUCUGCCGAAGCUGCACGCGUUGCUGCAUUACUUUAUCUCCAUUAAGAUUUUCGGGACUACCGACAACUACAACACCGAAUACACUGAGCGCUUACAUAUCGACUUCACCAAAGACGCGUAUCGGGCGACAAAUCAUAAGGACGAAUACCCGCAAAUGACACGUUGGUUAGAACGCCGCGAGAAAGUGCUGCGGCAUGAUAAGUAUGUCCGCUGGCGUAUUGCGGGGAGCCCGGCUUCAAACACGAAGACUGGAGAAGAGUCGGGUCCCCGCGACCAUCUGCGCAUGACACGCCAUCCUAGUCUGAAGGCGGUACCGUUAUCGACGAUCCGCUCUGACUAUGGCGCGAUAUUCUUCAGUGCAGCGCUUGCGCGCUUUGUGGUACAGUAUCAUCAACCCCAGCUAACUCGGGCCCAGAUCGAAAACGCUGCCGCCAGUCUUUCCAUCCGCUUUCAAACUGUUCCGGUCUAUCACAAAAUCAAGUUCUGGAACAGAGAUCCAUUCAGACGCAAAUCGGAACAGGACUCAUCUGAUGCUGUGCAUGUGAGGCCUGUACGUCAAGACUCGCGUGGCCGAGCAGUUCCAGCGAGGUUCGAUACUGUACUUGUGAACCUGGGGACAGCAAGCAACGGAAGCGGCACUAGCUUGCAAGGCUAUCGCAUUGCCCAAGUCCGUCUCGUGUUUUCAGUGCCUCCUCGUGGGGUCGCGACUUUGUUCAAGCGGUGUCCACCAGAACACUUGGCAUAUGUUGAGUGGUUCUCACCUUUUUCCUCCAGGCCAGAUCGCAAAUCAGGUAUGUAUAAGGUUACACGGUCUAUUCAAAAUGGGGAACGUCUAGCAAGUAUCAUUCCAGUCUCGCAAAUCGAGCGUAGCAUACAUCUCUUUCCAAAGUGGGGUCCAGUGGCGCCUCGUGAGUGGUCAAGUAGCACCGUCUUGGACCUUGCUCCUGCUUUCUUCGUAAACCCUUUCUUGGACCGCCAUACGUUUGUCACUUUCCUAUAA